AUGAGAAAUAAUCAAGCAUGUGAGAAGUCUUCAGAUAAUAAUAAUGAAGGGAGUAAUAAUAUUUUAAGUUCUACACAAAAUAGUGAGGAUCAUGAAAAAGCUAUGAUGAAUGAUCACAGUGAAGAAAAUAAAAAAGGUGAAUUAUAUUCAUUAAUAAACUUAAAAAAUGAAAAAUUAAAUAAUGAUGAGAAAAAUGAUAUGUAUUAUACAGAUGGUAUAAAUAGUAAUAACUAUAAUCUUCGUGAGGUUAAUAACCAAAAUAAUGAAGAAAAUGUAAGUAUUAAUGAUUCUAAUUGUAUUAAGAAUAUAAAUAAUCAAGAACCAAACGCAAAUAUUUCAUCAAAGUUCAUGGAUAAUAAUAAUAUACAAGGACAUUUAUCAGCCUUAAAGGAUUCAAAUUUACCGAAUGGCAUAGCUAAUCAUAAUAAUGCACAAAACAAUGGUAAUAUGUAUUAUAAUAUGCAACAUUGUAAAAAUUUGAAUCCAAACAUAGAUGAUUUACCAGAAAAUAUGAAGAAUACAUUACCAAAUAUGAGCAAUUUUUCACCUAAUAUAAUCCCUUUUCCGCAAAAUGUAGAUAACUGUAUAUCUACUCCUAAUUCUUCAUCUAUACCAAAUUUGAUACCUAAUAUUUCCAGUGUACCCACAAAUAUGAAUAAUUUAACAGGAAAUGCAAAAAAUAUGCCAUCCAAUGUGAAUUAUACUCCACCAAAUAUUAAAAAUAUGCCAUCAAAUAUGAGCUAUUUACAACCAAAUAUGAAUAAUUUUCCACCCAAUAUGAAUAAUUUACCACCCAAUAUGAAUAAUUUUCCACCCAAUAUGAAUAAUUUACCACCCAAUAUGAAUAAUUUAUCAUUCAAUAUGAGUAAUUUACCACCUAAUAUGAAUAAUUUACCACCCAAUAUGAAUAAUUUACCACCCAAUAUGAUUAAUUUACCACCCAAUAUAAAUUAUUUACCACCUAAUAUGAAUAACUUACCACCAAAUAUGAAUAACUUACCACCAAAUAUGAAUAACUUACCACCAAAUAUACACAAUUUUCCUAUAAAUAUGAACAAUCUUUUACCAAAUAUAAUGAAUUUUCCUCCUUACAUGAUGAAAACACCAGGUAUAAAAAUGAAAAAUAAUAAAAUAAAUAAUGCACCAAAUAAUUCAGUUGAUAAUAUAAAAAGCACAAGUUCUGUGAGUAAUCAUAAUUCAUAUCAAAAUAUGGCACCAAUUCAAUAUAAUAAUAGAUCAUAUGUUCAAAAUAAUUCUAAUAUGAACGGUGCAGGACAUGUUUUGGAUACAUCUUAUUAUAUGCCAUCAAAUCCAUAUAUGUCUAACUUUGUUAAGAUGAAUAAUAAUGAAACGAUGCAAAUUCCAAGUAGCCAAUCCUCACAUGCGUAUUUUUAUGAACAACUAAAAAGUGAGGAAGAUAUAUUUCCAUCUGAUGGUAGAAAAGAAGUACAAGAAGAAAAAAACGAAAAUGAAAAAAUAAAGGAAGAUUACUUAAAAAAUGAAAAAAAAAAACAUAAGAAAAGUUACGAAGGAGAUUUAGAUAUAAAAAAUAAUAAAAUGGAAAAUAUUUCAGAUAAAAGUAUGCAUGAAUCCAGAAUAUUUUCUAUAAUAAAAGAAAAAGCUAGAAAAUGGAAAAUGCUAAACAGCAAAAAAUAUUCCAAAAAAAAAAAAUUUGGUGUUGUAGAAGAAAAAGAAGAAAUGCCAUGUGAGCAUUUGAGAAAAAUUGUAAAAGAACAUGGUGAUAUGAGUAAUAAGAAAUAUAGAUAUGAUAAAAGAGUAUAUUUAGGUGCAUUGAAAUAUAUUCCUCAUGCAGUUUAUAAAUUAUUAGAAAACAUACCUAUGCCAUGGGAACAAAUAAAAAAUACAAAAGUAAUUUAUCAUAUUACAGGUGCUAUAACGUUUGUAAAUGAAAUAUUUGUUGUAAUAGAUCCUUUAUAUAUUGCUCAGUGGGGUACUAUGUGGAUAAUGAUGAGAAGAGAAAAAAGAGAUAGAAAACAUUUUAAAAGAAUGAGAUUUCCUCCUUUUGAUGAUGAAGAACCUCCAUUAGAUUAUGCGGACAAUAUCUUAGAUAUAGAGCCAUUAGAAUGUAUACAAAUGAAGUUAGAUAAAGAAGAAGAUAAGAGCGUUAUUGAUUGGUUUUAUGAAUCAAAGCCAUUAUUAUAUAAUAGAAAUCAUAUAAAUGGAAGCAGUUAUAAAAAGUACAAGUUAACUCUAGAGCAAAUGGGUGUUUUGUAUAGAUUGGGAAAUCAGUUGUUCAGUGAUUUUCAAGAUGAUAACUAUUUCUAUCUAUUUAAUUUAAAAUCUUUUUAUACUGCUAAAGCUUUAAAUAUGGCAAUACCAGGAGGACCAAAAUUUGAACCGUUGUAUAGAGACAUAUAUGAAGAUGAUGAAGAUUGGAAUGAAUUUAAUGAUAUUAAUAAAAUUAUUAUUCGUCAGCAAAUUAGAACAGAAUAUAAAAUUGCAUUUCCUUAUUUAUAUAAUAACAGGCCUAGAAAAAUUGCAGUUAGCAAAUAUCAUACACCCAUGUGUGUUUAUAUAAAAUUGGAAGAUAUUGAUUUGCCACCUUUUUACUUUGAUCUUAUUAUAAAUCCUAUUCCAUCUUAUAAAAUUAGGAAAAUCAAUAAUACAGACAAAAAUAAAAUAAAUUUUGACUUUUACUUAACAUAUACAAGAAAAGAAAUUUGUUAUGAAGAAAUAUAUGACAAGAAAGUUAUUGAAGAAGGAAAAAAAAAAAAUGAAAGAAAAACUCAUAGUGAUGAAGAGGAAGAUGAUUAUAGCAAUAGUGAUAGUCAUAAUUCGGAUGAUGAUGAACACUACAGUAGAAGGAAAAAGAAGAGAAAUAAAAAAAAAGAUGAAAAAGAAACGAAAAAAUAUAAAAAUAAAAAAUUUACAAAAAGGCACAAAGAAAAAGGAGAGGAAAUGCAAAAUACUAAAAAAGAAUAUAAUUCCAAUUAUGAAAUGGAUGAUAACAGUAGCGAUUUUGAAAAUAAUAAGCAUAAAAGAAAUAGCAUCACGAAUAUGACAAGUAGUAAUAGUGUUGAUAACAGUGACACUAAUAUAUCUAGUAGCAAAUGUAAUAACUCAAAUAAUUUAAGUAUCAAAACAAGUAAGUAUAAAGAUGAAAAGUAUGAAUUUGAUAGUACCUUAGACAAUAAUUCUUGUGAUAAUAAUCUUAAAAAAUAUUACAGAAAAAAUAAAAAAAGAAAAUAUUUUUAUAGUGACAGUGAAAAUAAAAAUGAUGAUGAUUCAGAACCAAGAAAGAAAGAAGAAAUAAAAAAAAAAAAAAAAAAAAUGAUUAUUAAAAAAGUGGAAUAUGGAAUAUUACCUUUAUUACAUAAUUAUCCACUAUAUACAGAAAGGACAAUUAAUGGAAUUCAAUUAUACCAUGCUCCAUAUCCAUUUAAUAAAAAAUGUGGAUACACUAGAAGAGGUAUUGAUAUUCCAUUAGUUCAAUCAUGGUUUAAAGAACAUAUAUCAACUAAAUAUCCAGUUAAAGUAAGAGUAUCUUAUCAGAAACUUUUAAAAUGUUGGGUUCUAAACCAUCUACAUUCCAAAAGACCCAAAAGUAUGAAAAAAAAAUAUUUAUUUCGAAUAUUUAAAAGCACUAAAUUUUUUCAAUGUACAGAAAUGGAUUGGGUUGAAGUAGGUUUACAAGUAUGUAGGCAAGGGUAUAAUAUGUUAAAUUUGCUAAUUCAUCGUAAAAAUUUAAAUUAUUUGCAUUUAGAUUAUAAUUUUAAUUUAAAACCUGUAAAAACAUUGACUACAAAAGAAAGAAAAAAAUCUCGUUUUGGUAAUGCAUUUCAUUUAUGUCGAGAAAUAUUAAGAUUAACAAAAUCUAUAGUGGAUUCUCAUGUACAAUAUAGACUUGGUAAUAUUGAUGCAUAUCAAUUAGCAGAUGGAAUUCAAUAUAUAUUUUCUCAUGUUGGUCAAUUAACUGGGAUGUACAGAUAUAAAUAUAGACUAAUGAGGCAAGUCAGAAUGUGUAAAGAUUUAAAACAUUUAAUUUAUUAUAGAUUUAAUACAGGAUCUGUAGGAAAAGGACCGGGUUGUGGGUUCUGGGCUCCAUUAUGGAGAGUUUGGAUAUUUUUUUUAAGAGGUGUAAUACCAUUAUUAGAAAGAUGGCUAAGCAAUUUAUUGGCUAGGCAAUUUGAGGGAAGAGUUUCAAAAGGUAUAGCCAAAACAGUGACAAAACAAAGGGUAGAAAGCCAUUUUGACUUAGAAUUAAGAGCUGCAGUUAUGCAUGAUAUUAUUGAUAUGAUACCUGCAGGGUUAAAAAAUAAUAAGAGUAAAGCAAGAUUAAUAUUACAACAUUUAAGUGAAGCAUGGAGAUGUUGGAAAGCUAAUAUUCCAUGGAAAGUUGUUGGAUUACCUUUACCUGUGGAAAAUAUGAUUAUUAGAUAUAUUAAAUUGAAAGCAGAUUGGUGGAUUAAUGCAACAUACUAUAAUAGAGAAAGAAUAAAAAGAGGUGCUACAGUUGAUAAAACAGUUUGUAAAAAAAACUUAGGUAGAUUAACAAGAUUAUGGUUAAAAGCAGAGCAAGAAAGGCAACAUGAAUAUUUAAAAGAUGGACCUUAUGUUAGUGGAGAAGAAGCCGUUGCUUUGUAUACUACUGCUAUUCAUUGGUUUGAAUCUCGUAAAUUUACACAUAUUCCGUUUCCACCUUUAAAUUAUAAACAUGACACAAAGUUACUAAUUUUAGCUUUAGAGAAAUUAAAAGAAACAUUUACUGUUAAAAAUAGACUAAACCAAUCUCAAAGAGAAGAGUUAGGCUUUAUUGAACAGGCAUAUGAUAAUCCUUAUGAAACAUUAUCAAGAAUAAAGAGACAUCUAUUAACACAAAGAGCUUUUAAAGAAAUUUCAAUCUCCUUUUUAGAUUUAUAUACUCAUUUAGUGCCUGUUUACGAAGUUGACCCUUUAGAAAAAAUUACAGAUGCUUAUUUAGAUCAGUACUUAUGGUAUGAAGGAGAUUUAAGAAAUUUGUUUCCUAACUGGGUGAAACCAUCAGACAAUGAGCCUCAACCAUUGCUAGUUUACAAAAUGUGUCAAGGUAUAAAUAAUUUACAUAAUAUAUGGGAAACAAAAAAUAACGAAUGCGUUGUCAUGUUACAAACGCAAUUUAACAAAAUUUAUGAAAAAAUUGAUUUAACAUUAUUAAAUAGAUUAUUACGUCUAAUUGUGGAUCAUAAUAUAGCAGAUUAUAUUACAGCGAAAAAUAAUACUAAUAUAACUUUUAAAGAUAUGAAUCAUAUAAAUUCUUUUGGUAUUAUUAGAGGUUUGCAAUUUUCCUCAUUUGUUUUUCAGUAUUAUACUAUUAUAAUUGAUUUAUUAAUAUUAGGGUUAACAAGGGCCUAUGAUAUUGCAGGACCAUAUAAUGAUGUAAAUCAAUUCUUAAGCUUUCAAAAUGUUCAUAUAGAAACAAGACAUCCAAUCAGAUUAUAUUGUAGGUAUGUAGAUAAAAUAUGGAUAUUAUUUAAGUUUACUAAUGAAGAGUCUAAAGACUUAAUUCAAAAAUUUUUAACAGAAAAUCCUGAUCCCAAUAACGAAAAUAUUGUUGGGUACAACAAUAAAUCUUGUUGGCCUAGAGAUUGUAGAAUGAGAAAAAUGAAACAUGAUGUUAAUUUAGGUAGAGCUACUUUUUGGGAAAUACAAAAUAGAAUACCUAGAUCUUUGACCUCUUUAGAUUGGGAUCAUUAUAAUACUUUUGUCAGUGUUUAUUCUAAAGAUAACCCUAAUUUGUUAUUUUCAAUUGCAGGGUUUGAGGUACGCAUAUUACCAAAAAUUAGACAAUUAAGUUAUGGUUUAAAUAUAUAUACUUCUUAUAUAAAUGAAUAUAAUAAAAAGGAUUCAAAUGGUGAUGAAAAGGGCAAUGAUAGUAGCAACUUAAAAAACAAUGAGGAAAAUUCAUAUGAAAAGAAUGUAGUAAUAUCAUCUAGUGGAAAAGAAGGAACAUGGAAAUUACAAAAUGAAGUAACAAAAGAAAUUACAGCAGAAGCUUAUUUAAAAGUUUCAGAGAAUAGUAUGAAGAGAUUUGAAAAUAGGGUUAGGCAAAUAUUAAUGUCUUCAGGAAGUACCACAUUCACAAAAAUUGCAAAUAAAUGGAAUACAACAUUAAUUGGUUUAAUGACAUACUUUAGAGAAGCUGUUUUAGAUACAGAAGAGUUAUUAGAUUUAUUAGUAAAAUGUGAAAAUAAAAUACAAACACGUAUUAAAAUUGGUCUAAAUUCAAAAAUGCCAUCUCGUUUUCCACCAGUUGUUUUUUAUACUCCUAAAGAAUUAGGUGGUUUAGGUAUGUUAUCAAUGGGUCAUAUAUUAAUACCAGAGUCUGAUCUAAGGUAUAUGAAGCAAACAGAUAAUGGAAAAAUAACUCACUUUAGAGCUGGAUUAUCUCAUGAAGAAGAUCAGUUGAUUCCAAAUUUAUAUAGAUACAUAUCUACAUGGGAAAGUGAAUUUUUAGAAAGUCAAAGAGUAUGGUGUGAAUAUGCAUUAAAGAGGAAUGAAUGUCAUAACCAAAAUAAAAAAAUUACUUUAGAAGAUUUAGAAGACUCAUGGGACAAGGGUAUACCAAGAAUAAAUACACUUUUUCAGAAAGAUAGACAUACUUUAGCAUAUGACAAAGGAUGGAGAAUAAGACAACUAUUUAAACAGUAUCAAAUUAUUAAAAGUAAUCCAUUUUGGUGGACUAAUCAGAGGCAUGAUGGAAAAUUAUGGAAUUUAAAUAAUUACAGAACAGAUAUGAUUCAAGCAUUGGGUGGUGUAGAAGGUAUUUUAGAACAUACAUUAUUUAAAGGAACCUUUUUUCCUACAUGGGAAGGAUUAUUUUGGGAAAAAGCUAGUGGAUUUGAGGAAUCUAUGAAAUACAAAAAACUAACAAAUGCUCAAAGAAGUGGUUUAAAUCAAAUUCCUAACAGAAGAUUUACAUUAUGGUGGUCUCCAACAAUUAAUAGAGCAAAUGUUUAUGUAGGUUUUCAAGUACAAUUAGAUUUAACAGGUAUAUUUAUGCAUGGAAAGAUUCCUACUUUAAAAAUAUCAUUAAUACAAAUUUUUCGUGCACAUUUAUGGCAAAAAAUUCAUGAAUCACUUGUUAUGGAUAUAUGUCAAGUUUUUGAUUUAAAUUGUGAUUUACUAGAUAUUGAAACAGUACAAAAGGAAACUAUUCAUCCACGAAAAUCUUAUAAAAUGAAUAGUUCAUGUGCAGAUAUUUUAUUGUUUGCAAAUUAUAAAUGGGGAAUUUCAAAACCAUCAUUAUUAUCUGAUGAUGAUAAUAUAUUUAGUAAUAAUGUAGAAGUAAAAGCAAAUAACCCAUUGUCUUUUAGUUCCUAUCCAUAUACAUCAAAUCAGUAUUGGAUAGAUAUACAAUUGAGGUGGGGUGAUUUUGAUUCACAUGAUAUUGAAAGAUAUAGUAGAGCAAAAUUUUUGGAUUACACAACCGACAAUUUAUCUAUUUAUCCUUGUUUAACAGGGGUAUUAAUAGGAAUAGAUUUAGCCUACAAUUUAUAUUCUGCAUAUGGAAAUUGGUUUAACAACUUGAAACCAUUAAUGCAAAAAGCAUUACAAAAAAUUAUUCAAUCCAACCCUUCACUGUAUGUAUUAAGAGAAAGAAUAAGAAAAGGUUUACAAUUGUAUUCUUCAGAACCAACGGAACCAUAUCUAAAUACACAAAAUUAUAACGAAUUGUUUUCUUCUCAAACUAUAUGGUUUGUUGAUGAUACAAAUGUAUAUAGAGUUACUAUUCAUAAAACUUUUGAAGGAAACUUAACAACUAAACCAAUCAAUGGUGCCAUAUUUAUAUUAAAUCCAAAAACAGGACAAUUAUUCUUAAAAAUUAUACAUACUUCUGUAUGGAUAGGCCAGAAACGUUUAUCUCAAUUAGCUAAAUGGAAGACUGCAGAGGAAGUUGCUUCUUUAAUUAGAUCCUUACCAAUUGAAGAACAACCAAAACAAAUUAUUGUUACAAGAAAGGGGAUGUUAGAUCCAUUAGAAGUACAUCUAUUAGAUUUUCCUAAUAUUAUAAUAAAAGGAACAGAACUAAAUUUACCUUUUCAAGCUUUAUUAAAGCUUAAUAAAAUAGGAGAUUUAAUUUUAAAAGCUACUCAACCUCAGAUGCUUCUAUUCAAUUUAUAUGAUGAUUGGUUAAAUAGUAUUUCUUCUUUUACUGCAUUUAGUAGAUUAAUUUUAAUUUUAAGAAGUUUGCAUAUAAAUCCGCAACAAACAAAAAUUUUGUUGCAACCUAAUAAAAAUAUUAUCACUCAACCUCAUCACAUAUGGCCAUCUUUUAAUAACAACCAGUGGAUUCAUUUAGAAGUACAACUUAAAGAUCUUAUUUUAAAUGACUACUCGAAAAGAAAUAAUGUACAUAUUGCUUCAUUAACUCAAAACGAAAUAAGAGACAUACUGUUAGGUAUGGAAAUAACUCCUCCUUCAAUACAAAGACAACAAAUUGCAGAGUUGGAAAAAAAUAACUUAGAUAAUAUUGAACAACAAAUGAAAGUUACUACAUCUAAAACAACUACUAAACAUGGUAAUGAAAUUAUUGUAUCUACGAUGUCUCCUCAUGAGCAACAAACUUUUACUACGAAAACUGAUUGGAAAAUUAGAUAUUUAGCAAAUAGUUCCUUAUUAUUUAGAACAAAAAAUAUAUAUGUUAAUAAUGCUUUAAAAAAUACCAAUCCAGAUAAUAUUACAAGUAUUAAUUCGAUAAAUGAUUAUACUUAUGUUAUUGCUAAAAAUUUAUUGGAAAAGUUUAUAUGUAUAUCAGAUUUAAAAAUACAAGUAGGUGGAUUUUUAUAUGGUUCAUCACCACCAGAUAAUUCUUAUGUAAAAGAAAUUAAAUGCAUUCUAAUACCACCACAAAUAGGAAAUUAUCAAUCAGUAACUUUAUCAAAUUACUUACCAUCUAGUAAAUAUUUAGAAAAUUUAGAAAUUCUUGGAUGGAUACAUACUCAAACAACAAAUUGUUCUAACACGAGUAAUCAUUUAACUACGUAUGAUAUGGUUACUCAUUUAUCCUUUUUGCAAGAAUGUAAAAUAAAAUCAUCAAAAAAAAAAUCAGAAGGAAAUAAUUCUGAUGAAGAAAUUGUAGAUGAUAUUAAUGAAGAAAAUGUGGAACUAUAUAAAGUAUGGGAUAAAAAUAAAGCAAUUAUACUUACAUGUUCUUUUACACCUGGUAGUUGUACUAUUAAUGCUUAUAAAUUAACUGAGGAGGGAUAUACUUUUGCUAAAAACAAAAAAAAUUCAUCUGAUUUAUAUGCAUUUCCAAAUAUUAAUAAUUUAUAUGAACAGGUACAAAUAUUAUUAUCAAAUGUUUUUGUUGGUUUUUUCUUAAUACCUGAUGAUAAUAUAUGGAAUUAUAAUUUAAUGGGAAUAAAAUUUAAUAAUAAUCAGAAAUAUUCAGCUCAAUUAGAUAUACCUCAACCAUUUUAUGCUGAUGUACAUAGACCUAAUCAUUUUUUGCAAUUUUCUUUACUUGAUCAACAUGAUGGAGAUGAAGCAGAUGUUGAAACAUCUUUCAUUUAA